AGACAGGGACUUUUGGAAUAAUAAUGACAGCAGCAAUGUUCAGCAGCGGUGGAGCUCCUACCCUCCUAAGGAGUUUCUCUUGAACAUGUCUCCUUAUGCUCCGUACGGAGACCCACGUCUAACGCCCAAGUAAGUGUCUGUCUGUCCCUCCGUCUGUCAGCGCAGGGCUGUAGCGAACCUGUAAGUGAGCCUUCGUCCUUCUUCUCUAAUCAGCUGCUUGUAACUAACUACAGCCUGCCAUUCCGGUCCAACAGUCCGGGUCCACUACCAUGAACAGCUUAUAAUUCAAACACACAAUGGUGAGAACCAGACUAAUAGAAUCAAUAACAGGUGACCUUUUUGUUCCUUCAGCUAAGAAAGGAAUAACUCAUGACAGGCCAUGCUGUUAUAGGAAAAUAAUCAAUACCGGGGGUGGUGUGAUACAGCUCAACGUGAAGCAGAGUGCCGUUACCACCCGAAGUGGAUUAUUUGCCUAUAACAGCACAUCCUGAAGUGUGUUAUUCCUCUUAUGCCACAGCAAUGACAUGUUGUGCAGGAACUGAAAUUGUCUCUCUAAACAAUCGAAUGAUCACUUCUGGCCUACUGGUUGGUUGGUUGUAUAAUAACUUAAAAAAAUGAAAUUCUCUUGGAUGGUGUACUUUUUCCAAGGCCGUUUGUGUCAUCAUAUACACAGUGUUUCAUUAAAAUUUCAAGCACGCUGUAGUCGAGCUGACUUAAUCCCACUUGUCACUGGCAGGCAUAAUGCUGAUCCGGAGGAGAGCUUGAGGGUUAGCUGCACAUUCCCUCAGUUUCCUGUUUUAAUUGCUUAAUUGAGGUCGUUAUCUGGGACGGAGAGAAGGAGAGUCCUCUCUCUCGCCACGCUCUCUGGGUAAAUAAUUCGCUAAUUGAAAGCAGGCUAUAGUAGAUGAAGAGCCCUGGCAUGGGAAAGGCCGGCGCCGCCCCCCCAUCACCUCCUGAGCACCUCUUUAAUUAGCACCUCCAUUCCCCCAACAUCUGGAACCGAAGGAACCGCUUGCGCUGCAGCAUGAAAAACUAAAUGAUGUCAAUAAACAGGAAUGAUGAUUAGGAGUUUUAAUAUUAUUCACCUCAGAAAUCAUUUUGAAUUACUGAGAAAUGAGUGACUCUCACCUAGUAUAUGCAUUAACCCUUUAUUUUACACAAUACGCAUAUGACAAGCCGUAACUUAUACCUAAUUUAGCCCUAACAUGAGACAGAACUGGUAAUAAUUGGUAUAAUUCACUGCUUGGCCCCAAAAAACAAGCAAAACAAGUACAUAGUAUCAGUAUGGAUGACCAAAUUUUGCACAGAGAAACACAGAUGGCUUAAAUACACAAGCUAAUAAGGAGAAAUGAGGCACAGGUGUGCACAAUUAAGGUAGGAACUGGUAACUAGAAAAGAAGCAAAUUGGGUGCACAAUAAAAUUCAGACAAUCGUGGUAUUUUAGGGCUAAUGAAAAUUCUACAGGAGUGACAGUCUUUCUUUUCUUGUGUCUGUCCUUUUGGGAAAAACAAAAACCCAACAACUUCUCUACAGCCCUGUGAACUCCGCUGACCUGAUAUCCUCAUAACUCUAACCCGUAACCCGUAACCCCGAGCCCGUGGGCAGCAUCCAUGUUGCUGCUGUGACUAAUUUCCUCAUGGUUGUUUUUUUUCUGCAGGUUUUAUUGUGUUAUUGUGUCGUUUUGUCCCUCUGUGUGGUUCGACUGGCUGUGUUUUCUACACUAUACCCGUGACACAUUCUUCGAAAUCAAGCCCACAGCACUCCUUUUUUUUUAACUGGGGAUGUAGUGAGUAAACCCUAAACAUCCGUGGCCUCUGAUGGCGUGACUGCAAAUAGUUUGAUUGGCAGCUUAUAACUGUUUGCUAUGACAUUAUUUAUUAUAAGGUUUACUUAUUUAUCUUCCAUGCAAAUUGAUAUGGGAACGGUGUUUACGUGCGUUUACCUGCCACUACGUCCUUAACUUUCUGACCAUAUGUGUUGUUUCUUCAUUUUUGUUUCCGAGUUUAGCUUCAUAUAGCGAUAUUUUGUAGAAUUAUCAUUAAUUUAAGCCUCAUAAGUCUAAUGAGGAGCAGCAUUUCAGUGUCAUGAUACGCUUUAAAGCACAAUUACGGAUAAGUACCAUCUGUAAAGUUCAACUUUAGUGCGAAAAAUAAACACUGAUGGGUUCAUCGUAUCUGCAGUCCACAGAGAAUGAUCUCACCUUACUGAAGAUAGCUGUUAGCCUUAGACAGUUAUGUAAUCAGAAACCUUUCGUCCCAGUGCGGUGUGUUAUGAAUGAGGCGUCCACUUCCUCUUGCUUUUUAAGCUCUGAUUUACAAAAAUUUUUUUUGAAACGUCUGAGUCAUUGCGUGUGGAGUCGUGUGUGUUGAUCUGCAGCUUUCUGCUCGUGGUUGUCCUGGACCUGUCGCUUCUGUUUGUGCUGUCUGUGUGAUGUCCAGGUUUAGCCUUGCAUCAUGCAUCAUAAGACUGACAUAACCAUGCCAUAAACAUGGUUUAUCAAGAACAAGCGUGCAAACUAUUAUUAACAAGCAUGUCACAAAAUAGUCCUAAAAUAUCUGCUAGCCAGGAACAUAGCAGCUACCAUGCUAAUAAUGGCCUCAUUGGAUAACCAGUCCAGAUACCCAAUAAUUAUAACACCUGACAUUCCAUGAUUAUGUCAGUCUUACAAUGUAGAGUACAGACUUUACUAUAUAUAUAUAUAUAAAAUUGGCUCCUAAGUGGUGGAACUAUUUAGAAUUUCGGAUCAGGAGUCUGAAUCCAGACGAGCGUGCAUGUCGUGUUCUCAGGGUUUGAAGUCAGGUAUUCAGAGUGCAUACUUGUUUUAAAAAAAAAAAAAAAAAGCUGUUUCCAUGCCGACCAUAUUCCUCUAUUUCUUAGAUGCUAUUUUUUAAAAAAAUAAUUAUCCCACUAUUUAUUUUCCUUGUUAUACUUGUUAUGGCAGGAACAAACAAGCAAAUGGUUAAGACUAGAAUGAAUUACAUUUGUACUAAAUACAAAGAAACUGCUUGUUAGAAUUCCAGAGAGUGAUGAGGUGAAUCUGUGAGACGCACCGCAGGGGAGUUAACGUCGGGCUCUAGGAUUCGCCGCCGGUUUGGUCGAUUUUGAUGAAUUCAUAUCUCUUCUUUGCCCUGUUUUGUUGUCCGUCUGUUUUUUUUGUGUGCGUCCGUCCGUCCCUCCUGUUCUCAUUCUCCUGGCCAUUUGCAGUGGCUCGUUGGAGAAGUGCGAGGCGGGUGGGGGGACAGGGGCCGGGCCCAGUCGCAGUGACAGCUCCAGGAGUGUAGAGGCAGGAAGCAGCAAGGCCGGGAAGUGGCAAACCGUCAAGAGCCACAUGCACUCCGGCAUCUUGAGGCCAAGCAAUUUUGGGGAUGCGUCCCCGCUGUCCACAGCGUCCACUCUGGAGCACAUCGCCCCCUCGGCGUGUCGUCCUCGGCCCCUCGUCAGACAGCAGAGCCUCCAGCAGCCCCUGACCCCCCGGCCCCCUCCGCCGCCCAACGACCCCCCUGCCACUUCACAGAGCCUGGGGCAGUUACACAGCAGCUCCGGGGGCGGCGGGGGGCAGCGGGGGGGUGCAAGGCCGGGGGCAAGGGGCAGCCCAGCCGCACCCGGGGCAUCUCGCUACAGAGCGGGCGCAGGGGCACGGUCCCGCUCCAACCCGGGCAGCUGGGAUCACAUGAUGGGGCAAAUACGCACCAGGGGCAUGGACGUCAAAUCCUUCCUGGAAGGCAAGAUGGUGGUGCUGUCUCUCGCGAUUGGCCUGGCAGAACAGGACGACUUCGCCAACCUGCCAGACCUGCAGGAGAAGCCAGCGAGCCAAGAAACUCCUCCUGGCGACAAGAGAGCCAUUGGUAACAAAGCCAACAGCAGUCCUAAAGGCCAGACCCCAGACGAGAGCAACCGCCGCACGGACGCCAACUCCUCCGUCUCAGACCUCGCCAACUCCGUCACCAGUGACAUGCUCAUGUUGUCUCCAGGCUCUGAAGAGGAAGAACAUGAGGGUCCGGUGUGUGAGAAGCUUGGACGAAUACAGUUCAGCGUGGGCUACAGCUUUCAGGACUCCACACUUACUGUGAAGAUCCUUAAAGGCCAGGAUCUACCGGCAAAAGAUUUCUCCGGAACCUCAGACCCAUUUGUUAAAAUCUAUCUGCUGCCAGACAAGAAGCACAAACUGGAGACCAAGGUGAAGAGAAAGAACCUGAACCCUCACUGGAACGAAACUUUCCUGUUUGAAGGUUUCCCGUAUGAGAAGGUGGUCCAGCGCACUCUGUACCUGCAGGUGCUGGAUUAUGACCGAUUCAGCAGGAAUGACCCCAUAGGCGAGGUGUCCAUUCCUCUCAACAAGAUCAAUCUCGCUCACACGGAGCCAUUCUGGAAAGAGCUGAAACCGUGCAGCGAUGGCAGUGGGAGUCGAGGUGACCUGUUGGUGUCGUUGUGUUACAAUCCCACGGCUAACACCAUCACUGUGAACAUCAUAAAGGCACGCAAUCUAAAAGCCAUGGACAUCGGCGGCACCUCAGACCCCUAUGUGAAAGUGUGGCUGAUGCACAAAGACAAACGGGUGGAAAAGAAGAAGACAGUGGUAAUGAAGAGGUGUCUGAACCCUGUUUUUAACGAGUCCUUUCCUUUCGAUGUUCCUGCUCAUGUGCUGAGAGAGACCACCAUCGUCAUCACAGUCAUGGAUAAGGACAGACUCAGUCGAAAUGAUGUCAUAGGCAAGAUCUAUCUCUCAUGGAAGAGCGGCCCCGCAGAGGUGAAACAUUGGAAGGAUAUGAUGGGCCAUCCUCGCACUGCCGUUGCCCAGUGGCAUGCCCUCAAGGCUUAAUGGACCCACCCACUAGCCCCGCCCCCAGAUUAACCCCACACCCACAAGCCCCUGUUAAUAUGCACAAGCUUGAACACGGGUACCAAAAGCCAUCCAACAUUUGCUCCUUUUCUGUCCUUCUUCUAUGUGUGUCCACAGAUGGACUCAUUCUUUCACUCUUCUUUAUCUAGUUCUUACCUGUUUUUCCUGAUUUGCACCUGCUGAGAUCCCUUCUUUCCCUUUUUGCCAAAAAAAGAGGCUAAGCACUGCCAAGAAGAUUGUAAAAGUCCUGUGUUAUGUAAUGGAAAGCAGGCUUGUCUUCCUUGAGAUUAUUUAUUUUGACUGUUCAGUUGUCCGGGGAACAACCCAACAUCCGACCAGGAUGAUGGGACUUCCAACCAGCCGAAAAAGAUAAAAAUCCUUCCCUUCUACUGCCAUGUUUUUGUAGUCCUUCCUCCAGUUAUCAUUCCCCCCCAUAAAGAUCCGCAAGGAUCGCAUCGCAGUGCAAUACCUGAUGGAUGGAGAGAUGAACUCUUUACUUGAAACUCUUCGCCAUCUCUUGCCAGUUUUCCUGGCAUCAAGUGUAGAAACCCAUUUUUGCUGGAAUUCCUUGUCAUCUGUUUGUUACUGUGGGUGCCGUGAUGUGACAAAAAAGUUGUUGUUAAAAAAAAAAAAGACUCACCUUUUUUUUUUUUUGGCUGGAUCAAAGGCUUAGGGCGUUUGCAGACCUAAUUCAUUUGAGUUUUGGUUUGAAUCAAAACGGUUUUUGUCAACAUCCAGAUGAAGUUUAUUCACUACAAUAGUCCUGAAAUUUCUGUGUCAGAGCUUUCUUUAGGUAGCCAAAAUGAAUUGCCAGUUGCACCCCGGGUUUUCAUGUCGUACACAUGUAUCGUGUAUGAUGCAUUACACUAUUCCGAAAUUCUUUUUCCGGAGCACUGAAAGAAAGCUUUCACUCUGAGCACCUUUAAAAGCUGGCUUUUCCCAAGUCAAAAGGUGAGUAAGACGUGUUCCUGAAUCAGUAUUCCUUUGUUGUUCCUGGAUCAACACUGUGUGCUCCCUCCAGCACCUCCGACUCCUGAGCCGGUAAAAACUUCCUCCAGAACACGCGAGUUAUUGCGUAGCUGUACAUAUACCAAAAUCUGAAAUUCUUGACAAUCUUCAUCAUGCACCUCUUUCAUUAUUCAUUUAAUUGAGGACUGUUAGGGUUUGUAAUUAGAAGCUAUGUAGCUUGCUGAGCUGAGUGGUGCGUUUCUAUGCUACACAUACAAACGUAAUAUUGUCAACAAAUGAACAGUAUUGCUCAACAUGCAGAGCUGUACAAUGGUUUUCCUCUCUGGAAGCCAAUUGGUGCAUGUGGAGGAAAUCUUCAGGUGGCUCAGGAAUGGGAGGAAUGACAUCGGAUGGUUCACUGGUGAAAAGGGCUGUUGACCAUGGAACAACGAAAAGUUCAUCCAGGAACAUCUCUUACAUAAAGAAACAUUCAGCUCUUAGCCUAGCUAACACAACUGGAACAGACAGUACCAUAACUUUAUGUGUAUCAGAUAGCUUUCAUGCUUAAAUCAGACUGUACCUGAACUAUAGCCAGUGCUAUGUCAUGAUUUAAACUUCUACUGAUGUGCAUGCACCCAUCCAAACCAACAGACCUGAGGAAACAUCUGUGUCUGAAAUGACCAAAAGAACCAAAUGAUGAAGGUGUGAAAGCGUCCUUGGUGCGAAUACAGUCGAAAAGAUGCUAAACAUUCCAAUCAUGUAUAAAACAGGGCAGGCGGGAGGAAAUGAGAACUGCUCAUUGUUGUUUUGAAGUCAGUUCAAAUGCUUCCAUGACAGAGAGGUUAUAUGGUUGGUGGCAGCAGAUGUGUGUUUGUGUGUGUGUGUUUGUGUGUGUGUGAGUGUGUGUGUGAGACAUUAGACCAGUAGAAAUGCACUAUUAUUAGAAGCUGCAAACCUGAUGCAGUGUGUGUGCUGCAUCACCCGCAUUAUUUUCUUAACCAGAUCACUGCCAGUGUUAAACAAACUUCUUAGUAGAGUUUAUUUUUUAAGAGCCAAAGUAGUAGUUUCAAAAAAAAAAAUCACACCUGCUGAGCAAAGAAUGAGUUUGAAGGGAAGUAGCAGUUGAAAAUAUCAUGUAUCUUGUGUGUGAAAGUUGUAAUUUAUCCAGUCUUAUUGUCCUAAUGUCUGACUAGUGUAUGUAAGAGUGUUAGAUAUGUGAGUGUUUGUAACAGGGACAAAGCGAUUCAGGUGGAACUCAGCUCAAUAUUGCAAUUUAAAUGAAAUUAAGCCUUUAUUAGCACUCUUACAGAAACCUUAUUUUACACUCCUGUAGUUUACUGUAUUUUCUGGAUUGUAACACUAUGAUUUUGAGAUUGAAAUCAUGGCAUUCCUUCAUUCUGAGCAAUGCUAAAUUUGCUAGCACUGGGUUGGGCUAACAAUGCUAACUGAAUUACCUGAGCACUUUACCGAAAAAUAAAAUGCACUGUAACAUGUAAUAAAAUAAGGAUAGUGCCAUAUAUAUGACAUAAACAUUUUUCUGUUCCUGGUCUCAUGUGUCUGUAUCUUCUAACCGAAGGUACGUUACAUAUGAAACCAGGCACUAUCGUUAAGUUGGUGCUAAAACAGCAUCAAAAAUCUCACAGGAGUGCUAGCGGAAUUUAGCAUUACAAUGUGAUUGGACACGCAAAUGCUAUUUACGAAGGGAUUUACGCUCUGGGAUGUGUGCGACACUCGAGAGAUUUAUUGUCCAGAAAGUACAGUAUCUAUUGUUGCUUUUUAAAUAGACAUAUAUAAGCUUAGUGGAAAAGUGUGUGUGUGUGUGUGUGUGUGUGUGGGUGUGUGUGGGUGUGUGUGGGUGUGUGUGUGUGUGUGUGUGGGGCUUGAGGGACUCUCAUGUGUGCUACGAGUUUUGGGUUCUUUAUUUCUGCUCACCUCUGAGUAGUGUUACAGUCUCUACAGUAGGCAUGUGCCAAUAUUACAUUUUUUGAUCUUUCACACUUUAUAUUCUAUUUUAUUUUUAUAAAAUAAUAAUCACUAGGCUAAUAAAGUUGUAGAUUCUGCCCCCAUGUUUAUCUCACAUGCAUGGAACGUUUGUGCAGUCCUCGUCCUGAGUGGGACAGACUUCAUCGUGGAAGCACUAUCUAGGCAGCCUAGCUCCUCCUAAAUUAAAUGCUGAUGUAUUUGGUGAUUUAAAGUGCCUAUGAUAACAACAUAUGCUGAAUUUUGUGAUUUUUGGUUAUUGGCACAAGCCUACUGUAAAGGUUCCAGAUAUGGGAACCUGAGGAGAAGUGUUUGAGAAACAAGCUACCGGUGUAAUUUUCUUAAACGUAAAGUAAACCUGAUUAACAUGUAGGUAGCGGAACAUCGGUAUUAAAGGAAUAGUUGAGUUAAAAAUUAAAUGUAUACAGUUUUUCUUCUUACCCCAAGUACAGUCCAGCAGCCAAGACAUCUCUGGCGUUCAGUAUUUUCUUCUUAAUUUUACGCUGAAGGUGCUAAAAUCUUUUCCAUAUAUACACAUCUUCAUCUACUUGCUUCCGAUUACUUUAAGCUGUGUAAUAUAUUUGAAUUAAAUCAAAUUGUUAAAUAUAUCACAUUAUCAAAAAAUUGAAGUUAAUUGUCUUGUUAUAUCCAACUUUCUGGUAAAAUUUCACCUUCAAAUUUUAGUGCAAUUUGGGAAAAAAAGUGAUUUUGGUUUCCUUUGUGAUUUAUAGCAUUCAGCUACAUUGUGAAGUUUAGGUUAUUUUUAUAGAUAGCAGUUAUACCACCCUGAAGAUCUGGUUGAGCUAUAUGCAGUAUCUACCUUGACGAUUAUUAGUUGCAUUAGCCUCAUAGCUCACCCUUGUCUUGGCUGUUCGACUACAUCUGGUGUUGGUGGAAAAUGUUCAUUUUUCUGUCACUUUGAGGAGAAUGAAUUUUUGACUGUACUUGUGACAGUGAACCAUUUCAUAUAAGCAAUAUUAACACAGAGAGAUUGUGAAUCCUGUAAAGUAAAUAAGAAAGAACGAGGUAACCCAUUCCCACCAAUGCUAUAAUCACACACUCAGUGUGUCUGGAGUAUCUGUAACAUUGCACUGACAUUUUGUCCUCCAAAUUCUGACUGGAAGUGUCAGGCAGGAAGGGUGAGAGACAUCAGGCGUGAGAAUCUCUGGCAGAAAUCUCUUGCUUUUUAUCCUUCUUGUGCAUAACCAGCUGUGACAAGCACGACCUUCGCCGUACAUGGAGGGAGAGCUGAGCGUGUUAAGGACAAAUCCAGACUGAAGUAAAAGUAAUGGCAUGGUAGGGAGGAGCUGUCACUGGGAAUUUGGAUUUUAAAAAAAUGUGUAAAAGAAAAUUGACAAACAGUUGAGGCCAAAAGUUUACAUGCACAUAGGCUCAAUUUUUCACAACUCCACACAUUUCAUAUAAUCAUACAUUUCCUGUGUUAAGUCGAUUACGAUAUCUACUUUAUUUCCAUAAUUUCAAAAUGAGCCAAGAAACAGAUUUAUUUCAGCUUUUAUAUACUACAUCAGAUUUGCAGUGGGUCAAAAGUUGACAUACACUUUGCUCGUAUUUGGUGUGGUUGCCUUUUAAUUGCUUGAACCUGAAUCAAGCCCUUGUUGUAUCCUUCCACAAGCUUCCCACAAUACUGUGCUGGAAUUUUCUCCCCUUCCUCCUGACAGAACUGGUGGAACUCGCUCCCUCGCUCAGACAUGCUUUUACAGUUCAGUCCACAAAUUAUCUCUGGGAUUCAGAUGAUGCUGCCGUCCCCAUGCUUCACAGUUAGUUUGGUGUUCUUCAGAUUAAAAGCCUCAUCCUUUUUCCUCUGUACAUAGUGCUGAUCAUUAUGGCCAAACACUUAAAUUUUUGUUUCAUCUGACCAGAGAACACUGUUUCACAAGGCUGGUGAUCACCUUCACACUUCACUCUGAGUAAGGGCUUCAACCUUGUGCAACAGUUUUUAAGACCAUGGUGAUGCAGGAAUUUCUUAAUGGACCUGAUGCUUCCAACUCCUUCUUCAGUUCUUUUGUUGUUGUCUUGGGGUUCAGUUGAACGUUUCGGACCAAAGUUUAUUCAUCCCUGAGAGUUCAUUUGUGCCUCCUUCCUGAACAAUGGAGUGUCUGUGUGGUCACAAGACUUUUAUAUUCUCAUAUAGUUGUUUGUACAGAUGUUUGGAAAUUGCUCCUAAGGAUGAAUCAGACUUCUGGAGGUCCACAGUUUUGUUUCCUGAGGUCUUGGUUGAGUUGUUCGGAUUUUCUCAUGGUAUCAAGUGUAAAAAGGCACUGACUUUGAAGGUAGGGCCUUAAAUACAGCCAUGGGUGCUCUCCCAAUGAACUCCUUAUUGUUACAAUUGUCUAAUCAGAAGCUUUUAAAAUUUCUGAAAUCUUCCAUAUUGCUUAAAGAGACAGUGAACUUGGUGUAUGUAAACAUUUGACCCACUGGAAUUCUGAUAUAGUGAAUUAAAGCUGAAAUAACUCUGUCUCUAAUUGAUUGUUUUAAAAUGACCUCUGAUGAGAAGAAAGUUGUUGUUGUUCCUUUUUCAGCUGUUCCCAUUAGGGGUCGCCACAGCAGGUCAUCGGUCCACGUAUUUUGAUUUGGCACAGUUUUUACGCUGGAUGCCCUUACUGACGCAACCCUCCCCAGUUUUAUCCGAGCUUGGGACCGGCACUGGGAGAGCACUAUUGCAUGCCACUGGGGUUGGUUCCCUGGCUGGGAAUUGAACCCGGGCCGCAGCAGUGAGAGCGCUGUGGCCUAACCACUAACCAUGAUAACAUGAAAUGUGUGGAGUUUCAAAUGUGUUCAAUUUUGUAAUGAAACCCAGAAAAUGAGAGGCGUACUGAACUUAAAGUACUAAGAAAUGUCAAUUAAUCUUUUGUCGUUGAAUAAGUCUCUGCAUUGUGAAACACAGGAAAUGAAUAGUCCACUUUCUCUUUGCCACUUCCUAGUGUAAACUCAGGGUGAGGCAGGUGUCAGAGGUAAUACAUUAUUUAAAGGAUACCUACAUUGGGAGUUCAUAACACAUGCAUAAGCAUUUACAAUAUAAUGAAUGACUAAGUGUUGUACAAAAAAAAGCAUAAAGUUUUUCAGUUUAUGAAUUGCUUUGCCAUACUUUAUAAUUUUUUGGCCCUCAAUUAUCCCAUAUUCAACACAUUGGUGUGUCCUCAGUGUAGAGUUGUAUAUUUAGAUGCUUCAUGAAGGAAUUUGAAGCCUGUACAAAUUUAGUGGUUUGUAACACUGAUACUUUGAAGCAUCAUUAACAAUAAAGUGCCCAUAAAUCUACAAACUUUGCUUGUUAAAUAUUAUCCAAUGCUCCUGAUCGUGUUAUGGCUGAUUUCUGUGUCACGUUUCCUCUCAGAUCAACACAUAAAGCCAUUUGGUUUAAAAUACAUCACGUCAUUGUGAACAUCCUGACAUACGAUUAUUUUUGAACCUCAAAUUGAACCUCAUAAUUAUAUAUAAUAAUUACAACUCUAAUUGGUCAGAAGUUGUUGAUCAGACUCAUCGGAGGUUGUAAUACUGUACGUUAAAAGGAUGAGCCACGAGAGGCCGUGUGUUACAGUGAUUUUUAUUACGGGAUUUUUAUUACGAUUUUUAUUAUUGAAAACGUCUGGUUGAUAUGAGGAAGCUUGGAAACGUUUAUUUAACAGUUAUGGAUGGAACCUCGAAUAUCUUUGUAACAUAAGUAUAGCUGUUCCUUUAAGUUCCUCAAUAACAUAACAUGAUGCAUUUUCCUUUAAUCGUUAACAAUUGUAAUUCUUGGCAAGUGCUGUGGCAUAAGAGGAUAAGAAAAUAAGAAAAUAAUCAACUUCAUGGUGCUAAUGGCCUUGUCUUUGAUUAUUGAUUAUUCCUAUAACAGCACACCCUAUUGUGCUUUAUUCCUUACAUAACACAUUAUCCAUGCUUAUGCAUGUAUUAUAAAGUGGUAAUGUAGGUCACCUUCAAAUAAAGUGUUGUCUUCAAGUCAUAUAGGAAGCCUUUAAAAGUAACUUAAUGUGGUGUUAUGGGUGUUGGAUAAGUAAGACUUUACAACUAAAACUUAGUCUGGAGUAAAAAGUGCAAUGCUUACUUCUCUCUCAUGUUCUCGAGCCGAUACUCACAACUUUCACUUUCAGAGUUUCAGUUUGAGACAUUUUUUAUACUUUAAAGCUACUCUGUGUGUUGUGACCUUCCUGAAAAUGAACUCAGCCAGCACACGAAUAGGUGUUUGUGUGUCACAUGUCAGAGUUUGAUGACCUUUAACAGGAGAAUUGUAAGAUAUUGAUGGACAUGGCAUUGGCCGUGCUGUAGAAUGUGUGUGUGUGUGUGUGUGUGUGUGCGUGUGUACAGAUUGCAAUAGUGUUAAUGUCGUGUGUUUGGAUAAUGAAUCCCAUCCUCUCUUAGUUCCCCCGAUCACAAGUACAGUAUGUGAUGUGCACAAUAUAAUUUCACAUGUUGAUUUAUUUUGGCAUAAAUGUACAGUGUACAUAGGUAUAAAUGUGUAUAUAAAAAGAGGAAACAAACAAAAGGCCUCCCUUCUCUUUAUUGAUUUAUUGAAUUCAUUUUUAAACCUUUGGAAGUUUAACCUGAAAAAGUUAAUGCUGGCUCUGAUAGAAAGGAGUCAGAACACACAGUGCAUCACAGCUUGCUGUAUAUAGAGCUGUGUAACUGCAGACCGGUCAGAGAGCCCAUGCUGACCCUGUCCACCACCCAAAGCACCUAUAAUUUGCAAGUGAGCAUCAGAACUGGACCGUGGAGCAACGGAAGAAGGUGGUCUGGUCUAAUGAAUCACGUUUUCUUUUACAUCAUGUGGACAGCACUACGGGAAGAAAGCAAGCUGGUGGAGGCAGUGUGAUGCUCUGGGCAAUGUUCUGCUGGGAAACUUUGGGUCCUGGCAUUUAUGUUGAUGUUACUUUGACACGUACCACCUACCUAAACAUUGUUGCAGACCAGGUACACCCCUUCAUGGCAACGGUAUUCCCUAAUGGCAGCCUCUUUCAGCAGGAUAAUGCUCCCUGCCACACUGCAGAAAUUGUUCAGGAAUGGUUUGAGGAACAUGACAAAGAGUUCAAGAUGUUGACUUGGCCUCCAAAUUCCCCAGAUCUCAAUCCGAUCAAUUAUCUGUGGGACGUGCUGGACAAACAAGUCUGAUCCAUGGAGGCUCCAUCUCGCAACUUACAGGACUUAAAGGAUCUGCUGCUAAAGUCCUGGUGCCAGAUACCACACACACCUUCAGAGGUCUUGUGGAGUCCAUGCCUCGAUGUGUCAGAGCUGUUUUGGCUGCACAAGGGGGAUCUACAC